AUGGGACGGAUGAUAACUCUGGCAAAUAUUUUAAUAAUAAUUUCUGUUGUUGCAGGUCAUCUUUAUUCAACAAAUGAUUUUGAAGCAUUAUCAGAAUUAGAAGACAAAGAAGAUUAUAGAGGAGACUCUUUCAAUGAAGAUGAAACAUUUAUGGAUUAUCUUGAAGGAGAUGACUUUAUGAUGGAAGAUGACUUACCAGGCAUCCAAUUGACUAAGAAACUAGCUGAAGGAGCAAUUGGGUCUCUUCAGACAGGGGCAAUCAGCACUAUUGAUAAAGAGACAAAGUAUCUUGCAGAAAAUGGAGACUCGAUUUCACAGCGAAUGGAUAGAAUUGGAGAUAUUGCAGGAAAAACUGCAAAUGUUCUUGAGCCAGUUGCAAGAUUAACUAAUAUUGUUGGACCAGGAAUUAAAGGAAAAUAUGGACGUUUAGCUGUAGGAGCAAUCAAUGGAGCAGCAAAAGGAGCUCGUGCUAUUAACUUAGGUGCACGUGGAGCAGCAAGCAUAACAAGAUAUGCCACUGAUUUGUCUAAACAAUACCAAAACCAAGAAGGAACUCCUGAAGAGAAAGUAAGAUUAAUGAAAGAAGUAAUAAUACAAAAUGCUAAAGAUGAAGGAAAGAAACUUCUUGCAAAUGGAGUUGGUGCACUUGCAGGCAAAGCUGCUACUGUUGCGUUUGGAAAUAGAAUCGUUUCAGGAGGUGGAAAGGUUAUAGACGGGGGAAUGUUAUUAGGAAAUAGACUUGUUGGAAAGGGUAUGUCAGGAAUAGUUGGAAGAGCUGCAAAAGAGUAUUUGGCAGAAAAAGUUAAUGAAAAAACAGAUAUGUUUAAAAAUAGAGUAACUGACAACGUUGGACAAUUCUUAGGUGUUAACCCAUCUACUAGUGGAAUAGAUAUUGAUAAAAUAAAAGAGGGAUUUCAAGUAACAAAAGACUUUUACAGAAAUGGACAGAGCAUGAGUAAUGUAUUCAUGCAGCCUGGUAAAAAUAGAAGACUGAGACAUAAACAAGAGAUGAAACAUAAAAAGAGUGUAUUACAAAGAACAAACACAUUAGAGACAGGAGUUGGUGAAAGAAAUUUAACACCUACAACAUCAAUUUCCCCAGUAAAACAUUCAAAUAACCAAUUACCAUCCAAUAGAAAAACUGAAAGAGUUGUUUCAGCAAGAGGUAAUAGACAAAAUUUAGUUAGAAGUACUUCAGUAUGA